UAUCGACACUUUAAAAAAAAUUUCUCAAAAAAAUCGAAAAUUUCAGUGGUCUAUAAAUAACUCAAAAAAAGUCAAAAUUUUUUGAAAAUUUAACUAUAUACGGAUACCACUGACAUUAACAUUUGGUGAAAAUUUCAAGUAUUUUCAGUGAUUAGUUUUUGAAUUACAACCAUAAAAAAAAAUCGAUUUGGUCGAAAACUGGUUUUGCGUAAAAAUUGCCGUUUUUCCGUCAUUUUUUUUUUGUUUUUCUCGAUUUUUUUGAAAACCGUUGGAAAAUGUUAACUUUUUACCUCUAUAAUGCCCCAAGGAUAUUCACUUUUACAUCGGAAACCACCCCCAUUGUUUGAAAUUGGAGCAUUAUUUUGACUAGUUAUGCUGUACACAGACACAAAAAAAAAAAAAAAAAACACACCAUUGUAAAAUCAAUACAUUCAUCACUUCGUUCAGAAUCUAAAACUAACCUAACCUAACCUAACCUAACUGAAUGAGCAGUGCCGCCGCCGGAACGUACCGUGAUAGCGCGCUCUAGCUUACCCGAGAAUCAACUUAUUGACCAGUUUUCGUCCGCCGCCGGUACGCUCUUAAAUGGAACAGUGCAUGAAUUAAGAUUAUAAAGAUAUUAUAUCUUAUGCUAUAUCUUAAUUUGUGGAACAGAGUAUAGAAUUAAACUUAAAUAUUAACAUAAAGUUAUUUCGAAAAAUUCAUCAUUGAUAAAAAAAAAAAAUGUAUACAGCGUUUGCAUUUUAGUGUUUAAAAUAAAAACACCGAGGGAAAACGUCCGGAGGACCGUACUCGUUACCGCUACGAACGCAAACGGCGAAAACACCGUACAGGCACUGGUGAACGGCUUUUGAGAGACGUGAGCUACGCGAACACGCACGGAACGGAGUAAAAAACGAAAGGAAAAAUCAAAAUAUCCAACGAAAAGUAAAAAUCGUCGUUUUCGAAAAAUCGCUACAGUUCGGUUUUGGAUUCGAAUGAUUUGAUAAUCGCGUAAAUACUAAAUAAAAAUAGCACACAGUGGAAGAAACUGAUUAUUUCCUUAUUACAUUUAUAUUCUGUAAUCAUAGUAAUCAUACUAUCUAAAACCUAACCUAACCUAAUUUAUAUUGUAUACUCACAUGACGUCGACGUGUUUUAUUUAGUUAAUUAGUAAUUAGUAAUUACAUAUUGUGUCAUAUUUGGCUUACUACUUUAAAUCAUAAAUGACAAGCACAUAAUUUCAGUUUCUAUUAUUAUAGGUUAAAAAAAUAUUUGCAAAUCAAAAUAGGUAGACACAUUUGACCAAAUAUACUUCCUAUAACUCUUAUCUCUCUCACUAUAAUCAAAUUAACAUAAAAAGUAAAUUAAAAAUUUUAAUGUUUUAUGUUCACAAUUAUUGAAAAAUACAAAGGAUAUAAAUCAGUAUGAAACCUUCAAGAACAACCAUUAGUGAUUCAGGGAUAAAUUCCAAAACUGAUGAUGAAUUAUUGAAUAGAGUUAUAAAACAGGAAAUCAUUGAUGAAAAAGACGACCAAAAUAAUGAUUAUAAAUCUAUACAAAUUGGAACUGAUGAUCAAAUGUUGAAUAGAGUCAUAAAACAGGAAAUCAUUGAUGAAACAGAUGACUACAAUAAUGAUUAUCAAUUAUUACAAAUUGGAACAAAGGGUAAAAAUGAAGAAGUAAAAACAAUUGAUAACAAGAUAAAAAUCGAAAUUGAUGUUAUAGAGGGUUUAGAAUUUGAAGGAGCAAUAUUCCCCGAGAACCGAUCUUCGGAAUUCAUUUCUUUAAUGAAUUCUGAUAAUGGACCUAACAUUAGAGAAACACAUAUAACAUGUAAUGUGUGUAAAGUAUCUUCAAAUACAUGUCAAUUUCAAGAAGUCCAUAUGCAUUCUCAUACUGGAGAUAAUCUUCACAAAUGCAAAAUUUGUGGUCAUUUUUUUAACUCAAAAAUACUUUUGAAUAAACAUGCAAUGAUACAUACCAGUAAAAGAAUAAGGCCAUUCAUUUGUGACAUUUGUAAUAAAUCAUAUUCUACUAAAUCACGUUUAAAAAUUCACAUACUGCUUCAUAAUGAAGAUAAUCAUUAUAAAUGUAAUACUUGUAAUAAAAAAUUUACUCAAAAAAAUCAUUUUAAAACCCAUACCAAGACACAUACUAAAAAAACUUCACAUAAAUGUGAAAUCUGUGAUUCAGUGUUUUUUCAAGCAAGUCACUUAAAAAUUCAUACAAGAGUACAUACUGGUGAAAAGCCAUAUAAGUGUGAAAUCUGCGAUUCUGUGUUUUCUCAAGCAACUCAAUUAAAAAUUCAUACAAGAGUACAUACUGGAGAAAGGCCAUAUAAAUGUGGUACAUGUGGUCGAGUGUUUUCUGUAGCACAAAAUUUAAAAAGACAUACAAGAGUACAUACUGGUGAAAAGCCAUAUAAAUGUAAAAUCUGCGAUUCAGUGUUUACUCGAGCAAAUCAUUUAAAAAGUCAUACAAGAGUACAUACUGGUGAAAAGCCAUAUAAGUGUGAAAUCUGCGAUUCUGUGUUUUCUCAAGCAACUCAAUUAAAAAUUCAUACAAGAGUACAUACUGGAGAAAAGCCAUAUAAAUGUGGUACAUGUGGUCGAGUGUUUUCUGUAGCACAAAAUUUAAAAAGUCAUACAAGAGUACAUACUGGUGAAAAGCCAUAUAAAUGUAAAAUCUGCGAUUCAGUGUUUACUCAAGCAAGUCACUUAAAAUGUCAUACAAGAAUACAUACUGGAGAAAAACCUUAUAAAUGUGAAAUCUGUGAUCGAGUGUUUUCUCAAGCACAUCAUUUAAAAAGUCAUACAAGAGUACAUACUGGUGAAAAGCCAUAUAAGUGUGAAAUCUGCGAUUCUGUGUUUUCUCAAGCAACUCAAUUAAAAAUUCAUUCAAGAGUACAUACUGGAGAAAAGCCAUAUAAAUGUGGUACAUGUGGUCGAGUGUUUUCUGUAGCACAAAAUUUAAAAAGACAUACAAGAGUACAUACUGGUGAAAAGCAAUAUAAAUGUGAUAUAUGUGAUCAAGUGUUUUCUCAACUUUCUAAUUUAAAAACACAUAUUAAGAUACAUACUGGAGAAAACCCUUAUAAGUGUAGUAUUUGUAAUAAAGAAUUUUCCCAAAAACCUUAUUUAAAAAAACAUACAAAGACACAUAUUAAAAUAAAAUCACAUAAAUGUGAAAUCUGUGGUUCAUUGUUUUCUCAAUCAAGUCACUUAAAAAGUCAUACAAGAGUACAUACUGGUGAAAAACCGUAUAAAUGUGAAAUCUGUGAUCGAGUAUUUUCUAAAGCACAUAUUUUAAAAAGUCUUACAAGAGUACAUACUGGUGAAAAGCCAUAUAAAUGUGAAAAAUGUGAUUAAGUAUUUCUCAAACAGAGUUUUUAAAAAAGCAUAUUAAAGCGCAUUUAAAUGCCUUAGAAUUACAAUAUCCAUUCUACAAUAUUUUCUAUUGGUUAUUUAUUUUAGAACAAAUAAUGUAUUUUUUAAAUAUGUUUAUAAAUCAUGUAGAUUGUAUGUACCAUAUUAUAUUGUAAUUUGUGACUAAUUCAUAUAAGUUUUAACAAACCACAGAGUAGUUUUGUGUAUUUUGUCAUUUUGUUGGCUUUAAUAAUUUAUAUCAUUCAAGUAUACAAUAAUUGUUAAAAAAAUGUUAAAAAACUGUAAUAAUUUAUGUUAACUAAAUUAUUCAAAAAUAGGUUUUGUGCUAAAGUAUUUGGUGAUCAAGCCAUAAACAACCAAAGUUCUCUGUUCAUUUUGUAUAAAUCAAAACAAACCUUGUUUUUUGUAGAGAAUAAUAAAAUAUUUUAAAUUUUUUA